AGGCAGCAUUAGAGGCAUUUGGAGCGCAGGGUCACCGAGAAAAAAGGACGAGGGAAUGAGAGAAGCUGUGGGCUGCCUGUCUACUGGAGAGUUAUAAAAUAUUCUCCUUACUCACAGCUUGGGAGCCGUAGGAGAAAAAGCUUCACACAAACCGUGUGUUCCUUAUUAUCUCCAGUCUGGAAAGCGGCAGCAUCCAUGGAGUCGCUAAAUCUACACCUGGAACACCUCAAAUUUGGUGGAGGAGAUGCAAAAGAAGAUCAGAUAAUUGAAAGCCUAAGUGGAAUUCUUCAAGCUCUGACUGAAAAUAAGCAUACAACAUGCAGUCUCCUAAUUGAAAGUGAUGUUUUGCGAACAUUAGCAAGGCUCCUCCAAAGUGACCCACUUUGUGCAGUAAAGGCUGCCCAGGUGCUGGCAGAGAUAGCUAAAAAUGAGGAAAUGAAGAUCCCCUGUAUAGAUGCUGGCUUGGUGCCAAUCUUAAUACCACUCCUGGACAGCAGAGAUCAAGAGAUGUUGCUUCAUGUGGGCAGGGCCAUUGGACGUAUCUGCUAUGAUAACAAUGAUCUCCAGGAGCAGCUGGUGAGAGAAGAAGUGAUCAGCUUCCUGGUUAGGAUAAUGUCAGACUAUCCAGAUAAUGAACCUCUUGUCCGCGUCAACCUGCUGGCCUUAUCCAAUCUUGCAGAUCUGGAUGCUGCCAAAGAGGCCCUUAGUAAGACCAGAAUUGCAGAACAUUUGGUACAUCAGCUGCACAGAACCAAUUAUCACGAGAAGGUUGAAAUCAUCCUUGAGGUUCUACAGACGCUGGCAGAGAAUGAUACCCUGAAACUACAGUUGGUUGAGGCUGGUAUUCAGGAGGCUGUGGCAGAAAUUUUGAAGAGGCUCCAGGAGAGUUCCAAGCCAGAAGACAUGUGCAGCUUAAAGGCUGCGUCAGAUCUGAUUGUGUCACUGUUACUUGGAGAUGAAUCCAUGCAGCAGCUGUUUGCAGAGGGAAAGGGUGCUAUCUACCAAAACAUUGGCAUAUGGCUGACAUCCAAGCACACGCAAUUACAGCUGACAGGAGCUUUGGCCAUUGCUAAUUUUGCCAGGAAUGACAGUAAUUGUGUCCGGAUGGUGCAGCUAGGGGUAGUCCAUCAGCUUCUUGACCUUUUGGAGCACCAUGUUGAAAAUGGAGAUGUGUCUGUUCAACAUGCUGCACUUAGUGCUCUUCGGAACUUGGCUAUACCAGUGGCUAACAAGGUUCAGAUGCUGGAUGAAGGAGUUGCUAAGCGGAUCCAGAUGCUUUUGAGAUCAGACAUGCCCCCUGUUCAGUUUAAACUUCUUGGAACAUUACGAAUGUUGAUGGAUGGUCAAGAUCCCACAUAUCUCCUGCUUGCAUAUCUCCUUCUUGCCUCCUGGAAGGAGCCACUUUUAAGAUGCUUCAUCAUGACUGGCAUCCUGGUAGUGGCAUUCUGUUGUUCUGAUGCAGCAGAGGAACUGGGCCAAGAUCUCAUGCUGCUACACCGGCUGGUGCAAUGGUGCGAUUCAAAGGACCAUGCUGGAGUCUGCGGAGAAGCAAACCGGCUGCUGGCUUCGCUCAUACGCCACAGUCGUUCUCAAGAAGUUGUCAAAGCCAUUCAAGAGGCCGGAGCCAUGAAGCACCUGGUUUGCAUGGCAACCAGCGAGCAUGCAAUAAUGCAGAAUGAAGCCUUGAUUGCUUUGGCCAUUGCUUCUGCAAUAAACUUAGAAAUCAUCAAAGAGGAGUUUAAGGAGGCCAGUCUAGUUCAGAAUAUACAUAAACUUCUCCAAGAUGAAAGCACAGGUCCAGAGGUGAAAUAUAAUUCCAUAGGCCUGUUGUGCAGUCUCCUAAAUUCAGGCGACCUAAGACAAGAAGCUGAAGGGGACGAGAUAAAAGAGACCCUCGAGAAACUCUGUGGCCACAUCAAUGAGAAUGUAGCCAAACAGGCUCUAAUGGCUCUUCAUAUACUCAAUGGCGAGCAGAGCUUAUUUGAGCAAUAAAUAUAUGACACAGGUCUGCUCAUCCAACACAGCUUUCUGUACAUAAUGCACUCUUCCAAUGAAAGUACUACCUUGGCUAACAAGCUGUGCUUGGGGAUUGAUAUUUUGAGCCUAGAAAAUAAAUUACUGUAUUUACUCACUUCUAAUGCUCACCUUCUUUGACUAAAUUAUCUUCUCAAAAUUAGGGUGCGCAUUAGAUUUGUGUAAUAUGGCAAAUACUUUUUUGGGUUUCAAGGUUUUGAAAAUUGAUGUGUGCAUUAGAUUUGAUGGCGCAUUAGACUCGAGUAAAUAUGGUAAUAUUGGAGCUAGCCUUAAAUAUGAGUAGUUUGCUGGUGAUGUUUUAUUUUUUAAUCUUGUUCAAGCAAAUGUAUCAUAGUAUUUGUGUUUGUUGCAAUCCCACCUCCACCAUGUUGCAGUUCCAUUUAAAAGAUGACAGAUUUCCAGUUUGUGUCUUUUUUGAUGUUUUCUUCCAAGAAUACAUUCCGUUUUAUUUCUAUAUCAUGUAGAUUUUAGCUACAUUAAAAUUUAUAUUGAAAUGUG